GAGUUGCAGUGAGCUGUUCAUGAAAAUAUAGACGGUCUACAUUACAUUGAAUUGUUUUGGGGAAGUUAGGACGUGUUUUUAGGUUGUAAAUGUUCAGGAAAUAAACAACGGCCUUUUAGUGUUUGUGAACUGGAUUUCCUUCUCCUGUAUUACUUCUGAAAAGUGCACUUUCAUUAAAUUAAAUUCAACCUGUCAUGAUCAUUUUGAUGUUAAUUAGGACAUUUAAUACAAGCAGGUUUUUUUGUUGUUGUUUUUUCCCCCAGUGACAAAGCAAUGUGCUAAACAUCCUAACAAUGCAUUAACUUACAAAAGUGACAACCCCCCCCACCCCCCAGGGACACAGCGCAAUCGAAGCGCAAGUCUUGAUCGUCCUAGCAUGAGUGAUCUGAGGAUUGUUCUGCUGGGGAAAAGUGUGGCAGAAAACAGUCGAGUAGGAAACAUCCUGUUGGGACGAGCAGCGUUUGACAGAGAAGCUCCUCCAGAUGUUGUAGAGAGAGUCGGAAGAAGAUUGAAGGACAGACACGUGAUGGUCAUCAACAGUCCUCAGCUGCUCCAGACAAACAUCUCAGAUGAUCAGAUCACACAGGCAGUGAGAGAGUGUGUGUCUCUGUCUGAUCCAGGACCUCAUGCGUUCAUACUCGUACUGCAGCACAAUGACUUCACUGAGGAGGACAUGACAAGAGUGAAAUAUGUGCUGAAACAAUUCAGUGAAGAGGCGAUUAAAUGGACUGUAGUGAUCACAACUGAUAAAAAGAUGCGCGGUGCUAAAGGCGCUCAUGUGAAUGUUAAUGAAUUAAUUCAACAGCUAACUUCAGAGUGUAGAGGAGGACAUCUGCAUCUUGAUCAGAGAAAACCAGAAUGGCAAUCUGAGAUAUUUCAGACAGUUCAUUUGAUACUCAUGGGAAAUCAUCAAGAUUAUCUCACAUGUGGGAUAUAUGAAGAAGGAACACCAACAUCAGCAAAACAAGAGCAGAGCAAAUCAGUGGAAGAAAUGGAGGAGUGUUCCUAUCACAAAGAUGACGGAAAGCCCAAAGAAAUCCAGAAAGACAGAAGUGAUGAAGUGUCACUGAAUGUCUCUGGAAAACAGAAGUUAAAUCUGGUGCUGUGUGGAAGUGAUACAACACUCAACAUCUCUGUGUCCAAAAUUUUACAAGGAAAAAAGAUCAAUCCUUCACAUCAGAGAGAGAGCAGUGAAGAGUGUGUGAUGGAGAAUGUACAUGAACAUCAGAUCAGUAUUGUGGAUCUUCCAGCUCUCACUCAUCUCUCAGAGGAGGAAGUGAUGCGUCAGACUCUCAGCUGUGUGUCUGAUCCUGGAGUUCAUGCUUUCCUCCUUAUUAUUCCUGCAGCUUCACUGACUGAUGAAGACAAAGCAGAAAUUGAGAAGGUCCAGAACCUCUUUGGCUCCAGAGAUCACUUCAUACUCCUUUUCACAACAGAGAGCACUGUUGAAAGACCAGUGAUGGACUUCAUAAACUCCUGCCCAGAAUCUCAGAGAUUAAUCAGCCUCUAUGGGGGUCGAUACAGAGUGAUUGGGUUAAAGGAACCUGAAAACUCAAAACAGAUCCCAGAACUACUGGAUUAUGUAAAGAACACGAAGACUGAACCAUAUUCACUUCAGAUUUAUAUGAAAGCUCAAGAGAACAGAGUCAGAAGUGAAACAGAGGAGAAAUAUAAAGAAGAACUGAAGAGAAUGGAGAAUGAAAAUAAAGUGUUAAAGCAGAAGAUUCAGUCAAAAGGUGCUGCAUAUGAACCAGAUGAUGAUGAGUGUCUAAGGAUUGUGCUGAUCGGUAAGACAGGAAAUGGAAAGAGCGCAACAGGAAACACUAUUCUGGGAAGAAAGGAGUUUGUGAGCCAAUUAAGCACAGAUUCAGUGACGACUGUUUGUGAAAAGAGAGUUGGUGAAGUUGAUGGUCGAUCAGUUGCUGUUGUUGAUACUCCAGGUCUCUUCGAUACAACACUGUCAAAUGAUCAAGUGGUGGAAGAAAUAAUGAAAUGUGUUUCAAUGUCAUCACCUGGACCUCAUGUUUUUGUCAUUGUGUUGAGUUUGGGAAGAAUCACCAAGGAGGAGAUGGACACUAUGGAUCUGAUAAAGAAGAUCUUUGGUCCAAAAGCUGCUCAGUUCAGCAUCGUUCUGUUCACUAGAGGAGAUGAUCUCGAGGAUGAAUCUAUAGAAGAUUAUGUGGAGAGAAGUAAUAAUGCAGAACUCAAGAAACUGAUCAGAGAUUGUGGAAACAGAUUCCUGGCUUUCAAUAACAGAGAAAAACAAGACAGAUCUCAAGUGAUUCAACUGUUAAACAUGAUAGAAGAGCUGAAAAAUACUAAUGAGGGUCGAUACUUUACUAACAGCAUGUUUGAGGAGGCAGAGAUGAGCAUUAAAAGAAGAAUGGAAGAAAUAAUGAAAGAGAGAGAAAGAGAAAUUCAGGAUCAAAAUGAGGCAUUAAAAGCCAAAUAUGAGAUGGAAAUGAAAACAAUGAUGAAGAGACUCGAGGAAGAGAAACAAAGAGCUGAUGAGGAGAAAAUGAAGAUGCAGAAUCAACUGAGAGAAAAAGAGGAAAAACUCAAAAAAGAGUUUGAAGAAAAAGAGAAAACAGAACAGAAGAAACGACAGAUUGAAAACCAGAAAAGAUCAGAAGAGGAAAAACAGCAAAGGGCUGAAUAUCAUCAGAAAAUAGAAGAGAUGAAGAGAGAGACUGAAAAACAGAGAUUACAGUACGAAAAACAGCAAAAGGAAAGAGAAGAAGAAGAUAGAAAGAGAGAAGAGAAAUACAGACAAGAUCAAGAAAAGAUGAAAAGUGAACAAGAACGUAUUAUAGCAGAGUUACGAAUGAAAGAAGAAGAAGAAACUAAAAAGAGAGACUCAGAGGAGAAAUGGAGAAUUGAAGAGGAGGAAAAAGAAAGACAAGAAUGGGAGAGAAAAAUAAAAGAGGCUGAAAAUGACAGAAAAGAGACUCAAGAGGAUAUUAAACGACAGCAGAGAGAAUGGGAGGAUGAAAAGAAACGACAGACGAGAGAACGAGAGGAAGAGGAAAGAAAGAGAAAAGAGAAACACGAGGAACAGCUGAGAGAAAAACAAGAAGAAAUGGAGAAAAUGAGAAAGACAUUUGAAAGAGAGAGAGAAGAAGAAAGACAGAAGAUAGAGGAGGAGAGACAGAAACAGAGAAAAGAGAGAGAAGAAAAAGAGCAAGAAUAUGAGGAAAAGAAAAAUAAUAUGAAAAAGCAUUAUGAGCAGCUGGAACGAGAGAGAAAAGAGGAGUGGGAGAAAAUAAAACGAGAAGAUGAUGAGAGACGAGAAGAAGAGAGAAACAGAUGGAAGAAAAUGAUAGAAGAUCUGAAACAAGAGCGAGAAGAAGAGAUCAAGAGAAGAGAAAGAGAGGAGAAGAAGAGAAAAGAAAGAGAAUAUAAAGAGAGAGAUGAAAUGAAACAGAAACAUAAACAGGAAAUAAAAGUCAUGAAGAAGAAACAUGAAGAUGAAGCCAGAAAACAAGCAGAAGAACUGAAUGAUUUUAAAGAGGGAAAAGAGCAGCUCCAGAAGAUGCUGGAGGAACAGCAGAAACAGUAUGAAUUACUGGAUAGACUCUAUAAACACCUGCAGCUCCAGAAAGAAGACGAAAUAAAGAAGCUAGAACAAGAACAAGAUCAGAAAGAAAAAGAAAUAAAAGAGCUCCAAGAGAAAGAAAAGGACAGGAAAGAGCAAGAAGCCAAGAAAGAACAAGAGAGACUUGAGCUACUAGAAGAAAUUAAUAAACUACAAAAGAAAUCAGGCUGUGUUAUUCAAUGAUUGUUUUUGCUUGGCAUGAUGUGAUUUGAUUGCAUAAAAAGGGUGAGAAAAACCAAGGUUCUGUUGAAUUCUGUUACUAUGGGUACUAUGGGUUUAGUAGGUUGCAGUACCACUCCUGCUUAAAUCCAAUUAAGGGAGAUUUGUUUGGUGAAAAGGAAACAUAGUUGUGACCUAUGGUUGUGACAGUCGUCAAUGAUUUGUUUUUUCUUUCCUAUUCUGUA